CCAGGGAGGGUCUAUCUGCCUGACUCUCCUUCCCUCAGCAGUCUCUCCUCACACAUCACCUCAGUGCUACAGACUCCCUCUGUGACCAUGUCUGUCAGAGCUUUGAAGACCACCACCUUCUCCACUGUGUCCUCCUCCAGGGGCCCAUCCCAGGGCUACAGCAGCCGCUCCUUCUCGGGCUACGGCGACCGUGGUGUGGGUAGUGGCAGGCAGAGCUACGCUGUGCGCAGCUCCUAUGGGGGAGUGGGCAGCAGUGGGGCCGCUGUGGGCGCUGGGGGGUUUAAAGUGGCCGGUGGCUAUAUUGUUGGGGGGUCUGGACAAAGAGGAGGUGGAGUAGAGUGUGGCUAUCUGGGCUUCGGUGGAGGUAUGGGAGGUGGCAUGGCCAAUGAAGGGAUGGCCCCCAUCACAGCGGUGACCGUGAACAAGAGCCUACUGGCCCCACUGAACCUGGAGAUUGACCCCAACAUCCAGGUGGUCCGCACCCAGGAGAAGGAUCAGAUCAAGACCCUCAACAACCGCUUUGCUUCCUUCAUUGACAAGGUACGCUUCCUUGAACAGCAGAACAAAAUGCUUGAGACCAAGUGGAAACUUGUGCAGGAACAGACUACGUCUCGCUCCAACAUCGAUGCCAUGUUCGAAGCCUACAUUGCCAACUUGCGUAAGCAGCUAAACAACUUGGGUCACGAAAAAGCCAAACUUGAGUCCGACCUGCAUCACAUGACGGGCCUGGUUGAGGACUUCAAAAACAAGUAUGAGGAUGAGAUCAACAAGCGCAAUGAGUGUGAGAACAGCUUUGUCCUCAUAAAGAAGGACACUGACGCAGCCUACAUAAUCAAAGUGGAGCUGGAAGCCAAACUGGAUGGGCUCUCUGAUGAGAUUGAGUUCCUAAGGCAGAUCUAUGAUACAGAAAUCCAAGAGCUACAGAGCCAGAUCAAGGACACCUCUGUUGUGGUGGAGAUGGACAACAGCCGUAAUCUGGACAUGGACGCCAUUGUCGCUGAAGUGCGUGCCCAAUAUGAAGACAUUGCCAACCGGAGCAGAGCCGAGGCUGAGUCAUGGUACCAGACAAAGUACGAAGAGAUGCAGCAGUCAGCAGGUAGAUAUGGUGAUGACCUGAAGUCAACCAAGAAUGAGAUCGCUGACAUGAACCGCAGGAUAAUGAGGCUCCAGUCUGAAAUUGACAUGGUGAAAGCACAGCGAACCAAUUUGGAAGGUCAAAUCACAGAGGUUGAGGAGCGUGGUGAGCUGGCAGUGAAGGACGCUAAACUUCGUAUCAGAGAACUGGAGGAGGCGCUCCAGAGAGCCAAACAGGAUAUGACCCUUCAAGUCCGCCAGUACCAAGAACUGAUGAAUGUGAAGCUUGCUCUGGACAUUGAGAUUGCUACCUACAGGAAGCUGCUGGAAGGAGAGGAGUACAGGUUAGCAACUGGAAUCAAGACCAGUAUAUCCAAGCACACUUCUGUAAACUACAAUGCCUACGGCCUGGAGAGCUCCCAAACCCCGUCCUACGUCAGCUGCUCCUUCGGCAGAGACAAGGUCAGCAGUGGUUCUGUCGCUGUCCUCGAGGGAGCAACAAUGAAGAGCGCCACAGUCACCAAGACAGAAACAGUGGUGAUCAAGACGGAGGAGAAGAAGGAGGAGGAGAAGGAGGAGCAGGAGGAGCAGCAGCAGCAGACAGCAACCGAGGAGCCAGCUGCUGAAGAGAAGGAGGAGCAGGAGCAGGCUGUGGCAGAAGUUGUGGCUGAGGAGUGAUGUGUUUGUUCCUGUUUUGUCAGAUGUAUGAUUAAAGAUUUUGAUCUCGGAAGUUAAGAAAAAGGACACAGACUCAGCUUUAUUAUCUAGUUCUUGAAUGAUUCCGUCACCAAGGUGCCUUCACCAAAUACUGUUUCCGCUGUAAGAGGUCUAUUCGUUCAGGUAUCCUUAAUAAAGAGGUGCUAAUGGAUGAGUCUUUUUUCAGGUUUCUGAAAACUCUUACUGUAAUACAUUCUUUACUGUCAACUGUAGGCUUUGUCACUGCCCAUGGUUCACUGCAUCACACUUGUUUAGCCAGCAGGUGGUAGUAUUGUAUUAUGUUUUCCUCUGCUGCUCUAUGUUGUUGUUUGAGGAACUCAAAGCACUUAUGUCACAUCAACUUAAUAUCCUACUGCUGAUAGGGGAAAUGUGGGGAAAAUAGACCUUAUGCUAAACCUGCUGUACUUAAACAGUUAAAUAAAAUGAAAACCUGUCACAAAAGUCUUCACGACAUCUGCAACUGUUGUCAAUACCUGGAGUCCUGUUUGCUCGACAAUAAAUCUUUAAACUGUAUUUUA